AUGAGAAGAUUAAUAUUUAACGCAGAAUAAGUACGGAGAGCCUCGACUGUCCUUUAGAAGUUUGAUUUCAGACAAAGUUUGACAGGGUCAAACAACAAGGAUUUGAUCGAUGUGAUUGUGUAUGUGUUAUAGAAGCCUUGUGAAAUGAGAACAUCAACGGAUGUCUUUAUGCUCAGAUCAGCAACUAGAUCAAUCGAAUUUUUUAAUAACCUAGAAUCUGAUUUAUUACACGAGUAAUGUUGUAAGUCCUUACAAUACAAGUAUUUGCAAGCGGGCCAUUUUAUUUUUAAGGAAGGAGAUAUUGGAGAUAAAUUUUAUAUAAUAAUAAGUGGGAGAGUUUAGGUUCUGAAAGAUUUCAAUCCAAAUGAUCUUUAAGCAUCGAUAUAUGAUCAUGAAAUAAAGUAACUAUCGAAUGGCGACACUUUUGGAGAGAGAGGAAUGGAUGUGGAAGCAAUAAGAACUGCAUCCUGUAGAACUCUAGAGAAUACUCAUUUAGCAUACUUGGAGAGAGAGAGCUUUUUAACCAUUUUGAAUAAUGUGAAACAUUUGAUGAAAAAGACAUAUUUUGAGGAAUUUGCUAAUUUGGAUUUGUUUCAUAAUUGGAAAUUUCAAGACAUUAAGGCAUUCUACGAUAAGGUGUUCAUAAAGAAGUAUUCCAUGAAUGCUUGUGUUUAUAAAGAAGGAGGUUCAUUGGAUUAUGUGUAUAUUAUCAAGAAGGGUGAAUUUAAGAUUGUGAAAACCGUAUUAACAUCCACAAUAGAUUUGAAUGAGAUGUUCAUGGGAGACUUUGAGAAGAUAUUAUUAGGAAUGAAUCAUAAAUAAAAAACAUUAUCUGAAAUCAUUGAAGCCAGAUAUCAAAAGAAGAAGUUUGGAAAUAACUAUUAUAAAUAAAUGAAGAAACUUGUUACUAUUAAAUACAUUACAAGUGGUUAGAUGUUUGGAGAAAUGGAGUUGUUGAUGCAAAACCAAAUCACAAGAACUCAUUCAGUUUAUUCUAAUACUGAUCAAUCUGAAUUGUAUCAAUUGAAAGUAGAACAUUUUGAAGCUAUUCUUGAUAGAAUACCUCAAAUUAAAUAGUAAUUGAUAUCAUUGUCAGAAUAAAAGAACAAGUACUUUAUGAAACAACUCUUGUCUUAUGAGAAAAACUUUAAUGAUCUAACUGAGGUAAAGAAGGAAAUAGAAAAAAAUAUCAAUCUUGACUUUUUGGAGAUUGGCACUAGAGAAAAACCUAAACCAACUAAACCUAUUCAACAUCUUGAUACUGAAUUCUCUACUACCAGAAAACAAAAGUUCAUCAAAACUCAAAUAGAAAUGCAACAAUAGUAGUAGAGCAAAAAGAAAUUCUUGAUCAAAAAGCAAUACUAAAAUAGCUACUUUUUUAAUUCUCUUUCUUCAAGAAUGAGAACUGACGAUAAUGAAGAAGAAGAUAUCAAAUAUGAUUACAAUUUUGUCCAUCUAUCUUGUAAAUGA